AAUAAACACUUUCUCUCUUUCUUUCUUGCUUUGCUUGGUUGGCCUCUUAAACAGCUCAAAUUUAAGUUUCAUGGAUUGGUCAGGCAGCAGGUGCUUCCUCUUCACAGCCUUUCUCAUUCUUGCAGCUGCCAUUGAUGCAACUCUAGCAGAUACCACAGUCUCUGGCACUGUCUUCUGUGACCAAUGCAAAGAUGGCCAAUUGUCCCUCUUUGAUUAUCCUGUUUCUGGAAUUAAAGUUAAGGUCACUUGCGCUGAUAGUAAUGGGCAGAUUACAACGUCAAGAGAAGAGACAACAAAUUGGCUUGGCAAUUAUGCAGUGAAAUUUGAUGGCACCCCAAACUUGGGUAAUUGUUUUGCUCAGGUUUCUGGCAGUGACCAAGAAUCUACAGCUUGUGGUGCAGCUGCUGGUCCUGCCCAAAAUCUUAGACUCAUGUUCAGGAUGUUUGGUAUGGAGUUGUAUGCUGUGGAUUCCUUGCUCACUCAGCCUGCUCACCCAAUGUCAUUCUGCUCGAGGUCAUCAAACCCGAACCCUGUAUCUCCACCGGUCACACCUGUGAAUAGGCCUCCUUCUUCAAGGUCCCCUCCAACUUUCAACCUUCCACCAUUGCCUCCAUUGCCUCCAACGCCCUUCACUGAGGCAUCAGCAUGUCCCCACCAGAACUGGACAAAGCCAGAGUACAAAUGUUACUGGAGAGGGCUGCGCCCUGAUGCCAAAGUAGCUCUCGUUUUCGGACCAGCGGCAGCUCGGCGAUACGGGACAAACAUGACAUUGUGGGAAGGACUGCAAGGGAGGGGAGAUCCCUACAGGACUCUCUUAAGAGAAGCAACAACUGCACUUUUAAACUCACAUAACAGUCUUGAAUUCCCUUAUAAUACAGUUGGUGUUGUGACUCAUACGAAUCGGGCAUUGAGGGGAUCUUCCAGGAGUGUUCUCCUUACAGCUUUCAGGUUCCUGAAGGCUAAUUCAGGCUCUACUGGCAAAGUCUCUUGCAAACUCACGCCUUGCAAGUGAUGGGCAUUUAUCAGUAGUUGUUUUCUUUAUAUUAUAUAUUCACCUUCUUAGGAUUAAUCCUAUAGAUUCUCCUAUAUUGCAAAUUUAGAUUAUUUGUGUGUGUUAUUUUUAGCUAUUGAUAUAUGUUUGUACCCAAUAGAUUAUGUGUUGUUGAUUCA